AUUCUUUCAUUUGUGAUUUGUCUAAAGCAUUUCACUUUGACAUUUUUCUUCUCAGUUUUUGUAGCAUUAGCAGUACAUAUUAUAUGAUCGCAACAUGUUAACUCCUGAGUUGUCAUAUCAAAUUAUGCUACAUGGAUUUCUUCUCUGGACUUCCAUGGGUUUCUUGAUGCCUAUUGGGAUUCUUGUAAUAAGAAUGUCAUAUAGACAAGAAUGUAGAAGAAGGCUAAAGAUUAUUCUUUAUAUUCAUGCUACUUUACAGGUACUAUCUCUUCUUCUUGUAACAGCAGCAGCAAUCAUGUCAAUAAGAAGCUUUGAAAACUAUUUCAAAAAUAAUCAUCAAAGGAUUGGCUUAGCUCUUUAUGGUGUCAUAUGGCUGCAAACAGGCACUGGCUUUUUACGGCCUGACAGGGGAAGCAAAGGAAGGAGUAUAUGGUUCUCAGUUCAUUGGCUUCUUGGAAUCACAGUUUCUUUACUGGGAAUCAUCAACAUAUAUACAGGUUUACAGGCCUAUCACACAAAAACAUUGAGAAGCACAAGUGUUUGGAACUUGACUUUCACUGUUGAGAUUGCUGUUAUCGUGUUCAUCUAUCUCCUGCAACAAAAAUGGCACUAUAUAAUGCAAUCAGGAGUGAUUUUAGGAAAUGAACCAGUACAACCAACGGAUCAAGAAACAUCAUCAACAUAUGAGAAAAAGGAAUUGUCAGCCAUGCCAUCAUCAUCUGAGCCAUGCUAAGACUUCAAGACGGACAAAUCAGUUUGCCUUUUACUAACAGUGAAUUCUUUCCAACCUUGUUACAAUUUCACAAACAAAUAUGAGAGUUUUUCUGCACUGUCAAUGUAGAGCAUCAUAUAUAGCCUAUAAUAUGAGAGAUUUUGUGUU